AUGUCAACUGUCAGGUUUGUGGAGAAGGAACCCGACGGAGGUAUUCCGAAAGACCCCUCACUGAAUUGAACAGAACAUUUGACCAAUCUACAGUAUCACUCGUUUUCUGAUCACCUGCGAAGCAAACGUGCAUUUCUGUCCAUUCUCCAGAAAAUACAUAAAAAUGGGAGAGGGGUGUUCCGUUUUUCUUCCAUUUUUUAUCGCUGAUCAGAAUAAUAAAAAGAUCAGCACCAAAAAUUCGGACAUAAAAGCGCUCCGCUCGGCCAGGAAAUUCAUUCACAUCCAUCCAGUCUUCCGGAUUCGACUCUCUUCUCUCCGGGAAAAAACGGUCCGAAACCACAUAAUGUAAGUUAUUUUCAAGCGUUCAGCAUUAGAGAAAAUGCAAAGAGUUCCAUCACGAGAAAACCAUUCAGCCGUAACAUUCAAAUUCUGAAAUUUUACUCUUGCAGGUCGGCCCUCUUCAUCUCGUCCGCCGGGACUUCAUCUCCGAUGCCAACCUCAGCUCAAUCCGAGCCAAAACAGCCAGACACACCCAGACCUAA